AUGCAGAAGAAGCAGAAGGACUUGGAGGCCAUGGCCAGUGAGAGGAUGGCGAAGGCAGCCAUCAGUCAGAUGAGCGGCGCCUCUCUCUCAGUAUGCAUCCUUCAGUGGCGUGCCUACACGAAGGAGAGCAAGCAAGAGCGGAGAGAAGCCGAGAUGCGAGACCAGCUACAGGAGGAAAUCCGACGGCAGAAGCGGGAAGCCGAGAAACUCAAU